AUGGAUACUCGAGAAGCUCUUGUUUACACUCUCAUCUCCUUCCUCCUCUCUUUCCAACUCGUUUUUUGGAGAUUCCGGCCACGUUGCACUAAAGUUAUGUCUACGUUGAGGCUCACACGCCACGUUAACAUCCGCCCUCUGAACUCGCCCAAAAGCUAUAAGUUUGAGUUCAUGUCGUAUAUGGUCAAUAAGGCUAAGUCAGUUAAUAAAGCACUAGAGGAGGCCGUUCCUCUCCGCGAGCCAGUACUCAAGAUCCAUGAGGCCAUGAGGUACACGCUUCUCUCGGAUGGCAAACGCGUACGACCAAUGCUUUGCUUAGCUGCAUGCGAGCUCGUGGGCGGACAUGAGUCAACCGCAAUGUCCGUUGCCUGUGGCAUGGAGAUGCUUCACGCGUCGUCUCUCAUCCUAGACGACCUCCCUUGCAUGGACGACGACUGUCUCCGGCGUGGAAAACCCACUAACCAUAUGGUCUUUGGAGAAGGUAUAUCCAUAUUAGCUUCUGAUGCGCUCAUAGCUUUGGCUGUCCAAAAGGCCGCGACAUCAACCUUGUUGGACGUUCCUCCAGAGAGGGUUCUCAGGGCCGUUAAGGAGAUGGUGAAAGCAGUGGGGACGGAGGGGCUUGUUGCAGGUCAAGCCGCGGAUUUGGCUGGAGAAGGUAUGGGAUUUGAUAGUAACACCGCACUAGAACAUCUUGAGUUUAUACAUAUUCAUAAAACGGCGGCGUUGCUCGAAGCGGCAGCCGUUACGGGAGCUAUAAUGGGAGGUGGGUCUGAUAAAGAAAUAGAGAAGCUUAGGAGUUACGCAAGAUGCAUUGGGUUGAUGUUUCAGGUGGUGGAUGAUGUACUUGAUGUGACCAAGUCGUCGGAAGAGCUAGGGAAAACCGCCGGUAAAGAUUUGAUAGCCGGAAAGCUAACGUAUCCGAGACUGAUGGGAGUGGAGAAAUCGAAGGAAUAUGCAGAGAGACUGAACAGAGAAGCGCGGGAACAUCUUCAAGGGUUUGAUUCAGACAAGGUGGCUCCUUUGUUGUCUCUCGCUGAUUACGUUCUCAACAGAAAAAACUGA